AUGGAGCCCCCUUCAAAACGAACCAAACUUUCAGCUGGGACUGAUUCAGAAGCGGAUACGCCACUGGUGUCUCUUCACAGAGAGAUCAGUCCACCGGUGCGCGCCCAGCCAUCUCCACUCAAACCCGCAUCUCCAGGCCCAAAGGAACAGGAUGAUCUGGCGGUGCCAAAGGUCACAAAAAGUGUACCAAAGGUCAUCAGCUCUCCUGUGCAGCUCACUCAUAUUCGAGACUUGCCGGCGAACAACAAUGUUGACACCGUACGACUGCGGGAUAUCCUCGGGGAUCCGAUGAUCCGCGAAUGUUGGCAGUUUAAUUACCUCUUUGAUGUCGACUUUCUGAUGUCUAACUUUGAUGAAGACGUUCGAAGUCUCGUUAAAGUCAAAGUUGUCCAUGGGUCGUGGCAGAAGGAGGCUCCCAAUCGGAUUCGCGUUGAGGAGGCCUGUUCGCGCUUCUCAAAUGUUGAGCAGGUCGUGGCAUAUAUGCCAGAGCCCUUUGGGACACAUCACUCCAAAAUGAUGAUUCUCCUCCGACAUGAUGAUCUGGCCCAGGUUAUAAUUCAUACCGCCAACAUGAUUCCGGGAGACUGGACUAAUAUGACCCAAGCGGUCUGGCGCUCCCCGCUUCUUCCUCUCGAGCGCAAGCCGUCUCCGGAGAUCCAGGCAGAGCCCGCAAGACGUGGCUCCGGUGCACGUUUCAAAAGAGAUAUCCUAGCAUAUCUGAAAGCAUACGGGCCUUCAAAAACAGGACCCCUUACCAAACAGUUGGCCGACUUUGACUUCCAGGCUGUUCGUGCUGCCCUAGUUGCCAGCGUACCAUCCCGACAACACGCUAGUGACUCGAAUUCAGACGAGGGAACACUGUGGGGCUGGCUUGCGCUGAAAGACCUGAUGAGCAAUGUUCCUACUUCAAAGCAUGAACAUGCUUCCCCACAUAUAGUCGUUCAGAUUUCCUCCGUGGCCACCCUUGGUCAAACAGAUAAGUGGCUCAAAGAUGUGUUUUUCAAAGCUCUCGCUCCAGAAUCAACACCAAGAAAUUCCCUGAAAUAUUCUAUCAUAUUCCCAACCCCGGAUGAAAUCCGUCGCUCUCUAGAUGGCUACGGCUCAGGCGGGUCAAUCCACAUGAAGACUCAGAGCGCUGCACAGCAAAAGCAAUUACAAUAUAUGCGCCCUCACCUCUGUCAAUGGGCCGGAGAUGGUCUGGCUCCUGGUGCACACAUCGACCUGUCAGAAGAGCAGACAACCUAUGAAGCCGGCAGACGCAGAGCAGCUCCCCAUAUAAAGACAUACAUCCGAUUUUCGGGUGAAGACAUGAAGAAAAUAGAGUGGACGAUGGUGUCAUCUGCGAACCUCUCUACACAGGCCUGGGGCGCGGCUACGAAUGCGAAUGGCGAGGUCCGUAUUUGCAGUUGGGAGAUCGGGGUGGCUGUUUGGCCUGAUCUUUUCAAGGAGGAUAUUGAUGAUGAGUUGAGCCAGAGCCAGCCCUUGGAUGCAGCCAUGGUUCCUUGUUUCAAACAAGAUACUCCUCAGCCUUCGGAUGAUGAGAAGGGCACCGUUGUCGGCUUCCGUAUGCCGUAUGAUCUUCCACUGACACCGUAUGCCGCUUCUGAUGAGCCGUGGUGUGCAACUGCAACGUAUGACCUUCCAGACUGGAGAGGUCAGAGAUGGAUUUGA